AUGGCUGAUUGUCAGCUGGUCGACAAAUACCUAAAAGACUCUCUCAGCAAUAUUACAGCCAUGGACAAAAUCCCCUCCACCUAUGAUGAAACUAAUCGUUUGUUAUGGGAACAUGAACAGCAGGUUCGUUCUGUGUUUGAUGCCCCUCAACUCUUGCUGCUACAAGAGGAAGGUGAUACGAUUCUUAAUCAACUGCAACAAGAAGAAAAUUAUUUGGGACACUCACAAGACUACAAGGAAGAAAUGCUUCAUGUAAAAAAAAUGUAUAAACACCUACAAAACAGCAUGAUGAAUUUGGUCAAAGUUGCUGAAACUCGAUUCCAUAAACUAGAACAAGGACUUCAACUCCGUGGAUUUGAAAAUGAAUGCAACAAGUUAAACAUAUGGAUCUCAACAGAAGGCAGACAUAUGCUCAACAAAUAUAAUUCUUGUAUUGAUAACCUGAAAAGUGCCAAGAUGCUGGAAGACCAAUUUCUUAAGGAUUAUUUUUCAGCUAUGGUAAGUCUUGAAAAGUUCUUUUUACAAACAGUUUACCCAUAA